AUGAAAAACUACAAGCCGCCAUCUUCACUAUGGAACACCAUCGUUCUUAGUGGCUGGGCGACCAGAACAGUCACUAUAAGCUCCAUCUUUAUCCGUAUUGCUAUAAGCCUACAGAGCGGGCUAAUUACGGCCAUGCUGGCAUCCAUGAUUAUCGAGAACCGCGGCGUCUACCUGCCCCAACUGCCGGCCCUAUCUAUUAUGCGCAGCGUCAGCAGUGGUGCCCACAACCUGAUGGAACCGCUGGCAUCUGGGCCUAGGGAUCUUGAGCAGCUAUGCUACGGGGCUCUUGCAAUCCUUGUACUUGCUACAUCUUUGGCAUCAAACUUUACGUCGACUUUGCUGCUUGCCGACUUUGGUACUGUUGAUGUUCCGGCAGCAGCAAAACACGAGGCCGUGCCUGCUGGCAUCGACAAAACAUACGAGACGACUGGCGUUGACUACUGGAGAAACAUGACGGAUAAGCAAGUCAAGGCACAUCUCAAGUGUCAAGAUCUACACAGGGCUAUCUAUUGGAUUAACCAGACAGAGCUGCAAGAAGAUGAACGGAAAAGCCUAUAA